ACUAAGACGAGCGGACAAAGUCGCCUGCAAUGGAGAGAAGUAUUUUUUAUAUACUAUUAAAUUUGUUUUUGGCGGCGACCAAGAAACCGUACCACGAAGACGAAGACAUAUCUUUUAUAAAAGUUUACGAUUUAAGUAAGCCUACCAACUGGAAGGACAUCAACAACUAUUAUGGUGCCAUAGAAAAAUAUUGGAAAAUCUGUAUCAACUGCGGCAUACCCGGUCUCGGUACGGGCUUACACUUAGAACACCUGGGCUCAACGGGAUCGAUGCAACCAGCCGUAAUCCCUUCAGAGUAUUUAGUCACUAGACUGUCUAUCAUAGAUGUCAGCUAUUUGGCUAAAUCAAAUCCCAGCUUAGUUUUAUCGUUGGACGUGGCUCUGCAGUGGCCCGUGCUAAAAUACGAUCCUCUAGAACCCACGCUGGUUCUUUUUAAAUUCGGCUGGUCAGCUUCCAAUCAACUUAAGAGAAGAUGUGUUUGUAAAAUACCGGGUUUAAGUUACGAACUGGCGGAUUUUAUCGCUUCCAAUCUGAGUCACGUGGUGGGGGUGGCGACUGACGCGCCUACCCUGGAGUCAGAUCAGACCAGGGAGUUGACGAAACAUACAGUAUCCAACGUACUCGGCAGAAGUGGCGUUUAUAUGAUAGAGAAUGUGCACAUUAACGGGAGAAUACCAGAACGAGGAUGUCUGAGCAUAACGAUGCCUUUAAUGAUGAUCGAGGCGAGUUACGUCCCAACAAGACUGACGGCGUUCUGUCCAACACAGAAGACCGACUAUCAAGUCAAUUUGGCGCUGACCAAGACCAGUGAUACCAGGAAAACCACGAGCAGAGUCAACCAAGUCAACUUAUAUGAAAUAUUGAAUUGACUAGCACUAGUGUGUGAUAUGCAAAUAAAUUAAAUAACGACAGCUGAAU